AGUUAGGUACCAGCGUGUCUACCCUCGUCUGUCAACCCAUUCAGCCACACCGGGAACAUGCUUUGCAGAGCUGCGCAAAUACGCAGGUGUGCAGCCAGCCUCAGCCAAACUAUAAACCAGGUAGCGGCAUCGAGGCAGAAGCACACUCUCCCUGACCUGCCCUACGACUAUGGCGCGCUGGAGCCCCACAUCAGUGCAGAGAUAAUGCAGCUGCACCACAGCAAGCAUCACGCCACAUACGUCAACAACCUAAACGUUACAGAGGAGAAAUAUAAGGAGGCGCUCGUAAAGGGAGAUGUGACUACACAGGUUUCUCUCCAGCCAGCGCUGAAGUUCAAUGGGGGAGGCCACAUUAACCACUCCAUCUUCUGGACAAACCUCUCUCCAAACGGUGGAGGCGAGCCACAGGGGGAGCUAAUGGAGGCUAUCAAGCGGGACUUUGGCUCCUUCCAGAAGCUGCAAGAGAAGAUGUCUGCAGCCACAGUGGCGGUGCAGGGCUCAGGCUGGGGCUGGCUGGGAUUUGAGAAGGACAGUGGGAGACUUCGCAUUGCUGCCUGUGCUAACCAGGAUCCCCUGCAAGGGUCGACAGGUCUCAUCCCCCUGCUUGGUAUCGAUGUAUGGGAGCACGCCUACUAUCUUCAGUACAAGAAUGUGCGGCCUGACUACGUUAAGGCCAUCUGGAACGUAGUCAACUGGGAAAAUGUGAGCGAGCGUCUUCAGAAUGCCAAAAAGUAGAAGCUAAUGCUCAGACAUCCUCUUCAGUCCGUCUCGCCCUGACCUGGAUCAAACAGUAGUUGCAAAUAAUUUUCAGUGUAUUAAUAUCUUGAGCGUUAACGUGCUUUUAAACAUCUCUUUAAACCUUCAGACGGUUGUUGGCAUCAGAGCUGAUUUAAAACGCUGAUGACAUCGUCUUUAUGAGGAACGUACGCCGUUUGAAUCAAACAUACAAGUUAUUUGCAAGUGCUUUUAAUCUCAGGUCUGCUCCCAAACCACCAGACUGUUUUUCAAAGCGCACAAAAUAAUAAUAAUAAAAAAAGUCCACCUUGAACAUCAAAGCUGGCUUUUGUUUUUAACACCCAGAACACGGGUGCCAUGCUAGACUACUGUCAGACAACCAGAGUGCAUACGCAGUGAGCUGUGUCAGAUCCAGUCACACUAAAAUCAGACAAUGUCAUAGUAGUCUGUGUUUUUGAUGUAUUAUAAUAAAAUUAUAAGAUUUCA